GCUCUGCUCUCCCCUUCCAUCACUCGAAGAGCGUCCUCCCAGCAUAUCAAAAUGGCGCGUUCGUUUCCUCGCGCUGCUUUGGCUCUUCUCCUCGUCGUCGCACUCGCAGCAGUUCUCACCCCAUCUGCCCUCGCUCGUACCGGGCUUGGAAUCAGCUCCAAGAUUCUGGCUUCUCUCCGUGGGACGCUCAACACUUGUGGUGGAAGAGGGGCUGACGUCAGAUCCGACACUAACGGCAUUGCGGACAUCAGGAUUCUCAGAAGGGGCACCUCUGUGUACCUUGCCUACAAGAUCACAGCGCAAGGCAUCGCCCAGCCGCCCUCCUCCCCCCCAGCCAUCCUCACUCGCAACCCCUGCACCAUCCCCUCCCUCUCCUCCACUCUCGGAGCCGCAGCUGAUGUGGGUGCCAAAGCGGCUGCCGGCACAGGUUCGGAUAGCGCCCAAGCCAGUCUUGGGGGUUCGCCAAGCCUUAAUGCGGUUCCUGCUGGAUUUGUUUCGGAUGUGGCCGGAGCUGUUUCUGGUGUGGGGAGGGCAGCGGGGAGUGUGGCAGGCUCGGCAGGGAAGGCUGCAGGUUCAGCAGCAGGUUUGGUGGGUAAUGUUGCAGGCUCGGCGGUAGGCACAGCAGGGAAGGCAGCAGGAUCUGCAGGGAUCCUUGCAGGUUCGGCAGCAGGCUUGGUGGCAAAUGCAGCAGGCUCCGCUGCAGGCUUGGUGGGCAACACCGCAGGCUCGGCAGUAGGCACUGCAGGAAAGGUGGUAGGUUCCGCAGGGAAUCUCGCAGGUUCGGCAGCAGGCUUGGCAUCCAGCCUUACAGGUUCGGCAGUUGGCACUGCAGGGAAGACAGCAGGUUCGGCAGCAGGCUUGGUUGGCACUGCUGCAGGCUCCACUGUUGGCACUGCAGGCAAGGUAGCAGGCACAGCAGGGAACCUUGCAGGCUUGGCAACAGGCUUGGUGGGAAAUACUGCAGGUUGGGCCACUGGCACUGCAGGUAAUGCUGCAGGUUCGGCAGCCGGCUUGGUGGCCAACAUUGCAGGCCCAGCAAUCAGCACCGCAGGCAAGGCAGCAGGCUCGGUGGCCAAUUUGGCAGGUUCGGUGGCUGGCUCAGUUGCUGGUUCGGUGCCUCCAGUCCUGACCCCUCUGGUGGUUCUGCCAGGUGCUUGGGUGGCUGCCGCAGCAAAUGUGAACACAGGAGCCAACGCUGCUGCUACUGCUACUGCUAGGGUGCUCUCCCUGGUGGGGGAGACUAGGCUCAGUGCUGCUCUCGCCUCCUCUCUGCUCGCCCGCAUCUCCUCCUCCACGCCCCUCCCUCUCUUCCUCCGCCUUGACGAUCAGCAGGACCUCGUUGCUACGCUGCUGCAGUAGGAGAGGCACGAGUGGCGGUACAGAGAGGGCUGGCUGGUUGAGAGAUCAUAGGAGGGUGGGAGGGAUGUUUGGCGAGGGUGGAGGGGAGGGAUGGCGGUGGCGGUGGCGGUGAUACGAUGCAUGGCACUUUGGGUGAUAUUGUAACACUGCCGCCAUUCCUCCCCCCUAACCUCAGAGAAGUUAUGGUUCAAGGUGCCUGAUUGUAUGACUCGUUGUACUUGAUGUAUGUAGUGUACC